CUAGUAGCUGGGGAAGAAGUUGCCACGUGCCCAAGCUGUUCUUUGAUUAUAAAAAUUAUUUGUGAUGAAAGCUUCUUAGAAUCUUUAGAAGAAGAAGAAGAAGAAGAAAAAUCAGAAGUUAAAGUAAAAGUUGAAGCUUUAAAAAAUUAAAAUGGCAAAUCGUGGAGGACGAGGUGGUUAUGGUAAUCGUCAAAAUAUCGGACCAUCAUUUUCAGCUUUGGGUGAUCAGUCAAUAGGUCCUUUAUUGCAACCUCCACCGCUAUACCCUCCCACUGAUAAAAAGCCUGUAGAAACUGAGAUUGAUGUUGAUAUGGAAUAUUUAUUGUUAAUGGAUCGUGUAGUUUUGGAUUAUUUUAACGAUUUAACAUCCGAUCUUUUUGAAAAUAAUGAUAAAGUUCAAGAAUUAAAUUUCUUAUACUCACAUAUGCCGACUGAAUUACAACCAAAAGCGAAGACCAAAAUUGUUGUUGUGAAACCGAACAUAACAAAUGCUGAUGCUGAAUUAGAUCGUUUAGAACGAUUAGAAAAGAAAGCGAAUAAGGAUAAAGAUGCAGAAGAUUUGAUAGUAGCAGAAAUUGAAGAUAUUGAUGAAGAAAUGGAUGAAGGUACUGAUUAUGCGCAUGAUUAUUUUGAUAAUGGUGAAAUGUACGAAGAAAAUGAUGAUGGUGAUGCUGGCCCUGUUUAUUAGAUUUUUCUAUUGUACAAUAUGUUAAUAAUUUUAUGGUAAUUGUUUAAAGAAUAAAUUUAUUUAA